UUGGCUGGCACCGCCCCUCCACGGGGUUGCCAUAGCGACGGGAUGCGGACGGGGGGAAGGAGGAAGAGGAGGAGGCGGCGUCCGCAGGCGGGAAGAGGAAGCCGUCGGUGGCGACGGGGAGGAUCCGCCCUCUCCAUGGCAUUUGCGCCUCCCAAAAAUUCGGAUGGCUCCAAGCUCCAGCUGAGCACGUGGACUCCCCUGAACCACCAGCUCAUGAACGACAAGGUAUUUGAAGAAAGAAGAGCCCUGCUUGGGAAAUGGUUUGACAAGUGGACAGAUGGUCAGAGGAGGAGGAUCCUGGUGGACCUGCUGGAACGCUGCUCCCUGUCCCAGCAGAAAUUCUGUGCCAAGCAGCUCGAAGCCCGAGUCCCCACCGAGGCCGUCGAUUUUACCACCAGGCUCCCUCGAGUCCUGUCCUUGUACAUCUUUUCCUUCCUGGACCCACGGAGCCUCUGCCGAUGUGCACAGGUGAGCUGGCACUGGAAGUACCUGUCGGAGCUGGAUCAGCUGUGGAUGCUGAAGUGCCUGCGUUUCGGGUGGUUCAUCAACUUCUGCCCCACGCCCUUCGAGCAGGGCGUCUGGAAAAAACACUACAUCGAGAUGGUGAGGGAGCUGCGCGUCUCCAGGCCCAAGACUCCUUCCAAGGACGAGUUCAUCGUUAUUGAUGUGCAGCCAGUAAAAAGCAGCGUCCCAGAGAGGAAACUUUCCGUGGCAGGACUGGGGACAGCCAGGGGGAAAAAAGCUCUCCCUCCUUGGCGCUCAUCCGACAGGAACCCCACGGACACCAUCCGCUACAACUACCUGGACAACUACGACCCCAUCGAGCAGGCCAGGCAGGCCAGGAGGAAGGGAGGAGGGCACACCCCGGACCUGAGCCGGCAGGCGGCUGAGAGGAAGAGGAGAGGAGGUCGUGGAUCCGCUCAGCUCCGGAAGGUGAAAUCCCUGUUAUCCCUUCCUGCAGAUCUCCAGCCUGUCCCCAAGCCCCCAGCCCGUCCCACCUGGGCCGCGCCUGAGCUCACUGGGACCCUUCCCGCCGAGGCGCUGGCCCGGAGCUCCCGCUGGAACGCCGGGAUCCGCCCGGGACCUGUCCGAGCUCCAGCAUCGCGGCCAAGAGGAACCGGAGAUGUCACCAGGAGGGACACCAGGUCCUCGUCCCCUCCUCUGUUUGAGGCUCAGCCCUGGCACAUUCCUUCAUCCAACCAAGGAUCCGACACGGAAUAAGGGAGGAUCCAGGGUAUCCUUCAUCCAAGCAGAAGAGAAAUUUAUCCACCUCCCCCUGGGGAAACGACAGGAAAGUUCCUGCUGGGUUUGGGAUCUGAACCUGUUUCCCCAUAGCUGGUGCUGCAUUCCCUUUUCCUCCCGGAUACAUCCGGAAUUCCCAGAAUUUUCCCCAUGGAGACGCUUCCUUAGAUCCUUGCCAGAGCUGCUGGCCCUCAUGGGAGGUUGCCUGUGGAUCAUUUGGACAUCCUGGGGCACAUCCCAUGAAAAACCUGGAGACAGAAUUCCUUUCUGGGGUUAAAGCAAUUCCAUCUUUCCCACUUAGCGAGAAGGAAAUCAAAUCCCACACUCCGGCUUUGCGCCUGGAUCAGCGAGGAGCUGGAAUUCGUCGUUUACGAGAUUGGGAGUCCCCUGCCCUCCCUCUCAUUGGUCUUUCCUGCGGUUUUCCCAGAAUUCCCAGCAGAAUUCCCAGAAAAUGGAACAAAGAGCAGUUUUUUGAGGAUCAGGGGAUUGAAAGCACGAAAGGACUUUAAUCCAUCCCAGAGCGCUGGCACAAAACAGAACCUUUCCACGCUUCGGGAAGCGCAGGAAUCCUCAGCAUCUCCAGGCAAAAAUCACAUUUCAGAGGAAAUUCCAACCAACCAAUCAUGGAGCCACGGAAUUAUUAAGGAUGGAAAAGACCUUUUGGAUCCCCAAAUCCAGCACCACACCCACAGCCUUUCCAGGAAUGGCGAUUUCCAUUCAGUGGAAUGAGGAUUCCAUUUUUUCCAUGAAGAAAUUGCUCCCAAUAUCCCACCUCAUCCUCCCCUGCUGCAACUCGAGGCCGUUUCCAUGUGGAUUAGGAGGAAACUUUAUGCAGGAUUACAUAAAAUUACCCAGGAGAACAGAAUGACGGAUUUUGAUUAGGAAAGUGAAAUUUUGGGAAUUUAAAGUGAGGUAGAGCAAACCAAAACAUUCCCUGGAAUUUCAAAUCCUUCCUCACCAGCCUUUAUUUUUAUUUUUUUAUGUAGGAAACCAAGUUCAACCAAUUGCUCUGUGGGUGCUUCCUUGGCUUCCUAAAUCCAAGCUUUUGUUUUUUGGGUUAGAGGGUUAGAUCCACAUCCCAAACACAGAAAUCAUGCCAGUGGUUUAUCUUUUCCCAGCAAUUUUCCCUGGAAUUGUACAAUUCCCAGGAUCUGAGUGGGUGAGUCUUGGACAGGCUCUGCACCUUUGCUGCAUCUUAAGCGCUCACUGCGCAUUUUAAAGCUUAAACCUUCUCUGAUUUAUAAUUUUAUAUUUUUUUUUUGUAUUUAUGAUGCUGUAAAAUAAUAAAAAGAAAUGUCCAGGAAGGUGUCGAGCCAAGCCAAUUAUCCUUGGAAUAUCAUCAGACCUACAAAAACCCCGUUGAUCAGAAUAAAAUCAGAUGUGCUUACACUGUCUGUAAACAUAUUUUACAUCAUUCCUGAGGUCAGGAAAUGGGCUGGAAUUCCAAAUGGAGAGGAAAUAAAAAAUCUCCAUCAGCUGCCUGGGGUGGUCUGAGCCCCACUCCAGGGCGCGUUCCCAGAUAAAUUCCCAAACUGCAGGGUUGUGCCUUCGGAGACGCGCGUUUCCCUGCCCUGCUCGGCGUUUCCAGGUCCUGCCCGACUGGAAUCGGCCCCAGCCCGGGAUUAAAGGCGCCUCUCCAAGCCCAGGGACCGCUGGAUCAGCUCCAGCCCCGCUCAGAUGUGGGGAAGGAACCUCUGAGCCCACCUUUGCUACCCCAAAACUCCACCCGCACUUCCCCGGUGCUCCUUGCCCCGGGGGAAUGCCGGGGUUUGGAACUCGGGAGCCAAACCAGAAGUUUUCCUGAUUAUUCUGAGCUGAAGAAGGAAUUUAGGGAAAGAAAAACAUGUAACUUUGGUGGGUGGGAGGAUUUUUGGGAGCGCCCAGCUGGUGUGGAGAGGUGGGAGAUGUUCUCUCCUCCUCCACGGGUAGGUUUGUGAUCCACCAGAAUCCAGGGAUUGACCAGGAAGGGCUGGAAUUCCCGGAUUUGGGAGCUGGUGGCAUCAGCCAGGCCCUGGCAAACAGCAACAACCAAACAGCUGCCAAUUCCCCAAACCAGAGCCGGGGAAAUCCCCGCCUCCAGAAGCUCACGGGAGUUUUAGAAGUCACUGGAUUUCCACAGAAGAAUCCCGAGCCGGUUUUAUAGGAUUGCUGUGGAAUUUGGGAUGCACGAGACCGCAGGAGACCUCUGGUCCAGCCUCCUGCUCUGGGAUCAGGCAGAUCCUCCCGAGGAGGACGGGGCACAAGUGCUGCCCUCACAAUGUCCCCAUGGUGACCCUUCAGCAGUCAGGGAAGAUCCUGAGCUGGAAGGAUCACCAAUUCCAACCCCCGGCCCUGCAGGGACACCCCGGAAUUUUGGGGU